AUGUCUGAGGAGAACGGUGAAGCCCAAGUUGCGCAAGAAGUCGAGCAAGUUGAAGAGCUCUCACAAGAGUUGAAGGACAUCAAAGAGGUAUUAAAACAGGCGAAGGUACAAUGCACAUUGAUUAAGGGAUUGAAACAAUCACUCAAAUUCAUCGAAAACGAUAAUGCAUUGUACGCGUUCAUUGCUGAGGACUUGGACGAAGAAGACUACAAAAAGCUCAUCACCGCUCUUUGCAAAGAAAAGAAUAUUAAGAUCGUCAAGGUCCCACAGAAGUCUCAACUCGCAGAGUGGACGUCACAAGCAAAGGUUAAUGCGGAAGGGAAGGUUGUGAGAUCAACGAAAUGUUCUUGUGCUGUUAUCGGUAAAAGAAUUAGAAUGUCUGACGAACUCAAAAGAAUGCAAGCUAAAGUCCAGGCUUAA